UCUAAAUUAGACCAAUCAGCAUUUAGUUUACAUGUAGACAUUAGUAUAUUACAGCGCGGAUUGUAUGAAAAGUAAAUGUCCCGAAUGAGGUGACAAUUAUAUUAAAAGUAACAAUGGUGCUGGAAGAUGAUGGCCGCUUCAACUUUAUGUUGCAACCCAUCCGUGAUCUGACUAAAAAUUGGGAUGUUGAUAUUGCUAGUCAUCUUGAGGACUACUUAGAAGAGUUGGAAAAUGUAGCUAUAACCUUUGACGGUGGGCGAACGAUGAACUUUGCCGAAGCUGCACUUCUCAUACAAGGUUCAACGUGUGUCUAUAGUAGAAAGGUUGAAUAUUUAUAUGCAUUAGUUUAUGAAGUCUUGGAUCUUUUGGUUAACAAAAGACGGAAUAAACAGAGCAAUAACAAAGAUAACAAUGCAGCCGAUGAUCCUGAUGUCACAUUUGGUGGAGAUGACGAAGAGCUGUUGCCUCUUGAUGACAUCGAAACUAGUAAUGUGACGAUGAAAGAAAAGAACGAUAAGGAGAUUGGAACUAUUCCUAGACGGCCUAUGUCUAUGGUGCCAUUAGGAGAAGAAGAAAAGGGAAAUGAUCCAUUACUUAGUAAGACUGGUGAACUUCUUGGAAACCGUAACGACUUCCGACUGAACACAAGUCAAGUCAAUUAUGACAGUUGUCUUUUACUGGAGGCUUCUGCACAUUUCCUUUCUGGCUUACCAAAUUCUACCAACAAAGAAACUACUGCAUCUUCCCACGUACCAACAACGGUCAUUAGAGAAAAUACUGAAUCAGAUAACAUCAUUGAAAAUUAUGAUAAUCCUGAAAUUGAUGACUCCAUGGAUGAUAUUCCUCCACCUGAAGUCUCAACAAAGGCUGUUGAAGAAGAAGAUACUGCAAAACGGAGCUCAGAACGGUUACAAGAAAGAGCAAACAAAAUAAAAGAGAGGAUGGCCAAAGAUAAAGAAAAAGUAUGUAGUGUUGAUCCAUGGUUAUGUCAAGAUCCUUAUGAACAGAAAAGUAAAACCGAAAAACCUUUCAAGAAAGGUAAAACUUUCCGAAUUCCUGAAAUUGUGGAUGACAAGAAACAGAAAAGUAAGAAACGGAAAAAAGAGCCAAUUACAGAAGAAAAACCUGAGAUUAAUUUAGAACCAAUUGAAGAUUUUGUUGCCAACACCUUAUUUUCCUAUAAACAUAAAUUACAGAAGAAUCUGCGAGAUUCUUGUCUUCCAGAGUUUGAAAGAAUGUGUUGGACGAAACUUUCUGAACGUCAAGCUCGAAGGAAAACUGAAACUAAAGCUAUGGAAACAAUUUUAGAGCAAAAAAUACUGGAUGGAGAAAAUCUGGAAGAUGGCUUUGAAAUUGGUGCAGAUUUGAAUACAGCAAGUGGAGGUGAUGAUGAUGAUAAUGAUGACAACAUUGUAGGGCCCGUCUUGAAUCUUCAAGAUGACUUAUUUGACAUUGAAGAUGAUUCUCCUAUUACUGAAGAAUCCAAGCGUGGUGAACCUGUGAGCAGUUAUGAGCAUUUAGUCCAGAAACACAUUGAAGAUUUUUAUAUUGGAGCUCAAAAAUAUGCACAAGUUACCGAGCUAUCAAAACGAAUUGCAGAAUGGGAAGAAAAAAUCAUUCCAAAACUCCAGGAAGAAGAACAACAUGGACCAUUUGACAUUCAUGAGUAUGGUACAACGAUAAUCAAUUCUCUCCAAUUAGGAAAUAAAUUUCCAUUAGCCAAAUUGAUGAGUGGGAAACCGACAUACGAAAUUGGACGUCUGUUUUUAUCAACAUUGAUGCUGGCCAACACUGGAAAUGUGGAACUUUCUUGUACUGGAGUUCUAGAAGAUGCCAUGGAUAAAGCCGAAGUUACACUGAUCCGGAGAAGCCAACAUUUUGAAGAAUUAGAACAAUAUGUUGCUCCAUCAUUGGUACAUAAAGAUAAAUAGAGCCUAUUUUAUUAGUUAAGAUGGAUCGUUUUGUUUAACAUGCGUUUUCCAUGCUAGCAUGGCUUCGCACGGAAGGAAGCUCAGCAGGACAUUUAUGACUGGAUGCACUUCCUGUCACUAACCCUUACCUGUUUUUCAGGUACGGAAUUUUUUUUUUAUUCCAAUGGAAUUCGAAAAUGCUGAGAUAAUGGACAAUUUGUUCGCAGGAAAUGUCAACAAUAUCACAGGUUGUCAAGAAGAAAUGUUUCUACUGUAAAAAUUCUGUACAAUGUUCAUUUUUUUAAGUCUAGAAAUUCGUGUAUAAGUGACCUUAGCCUUUGUAUAUUAACAACGAAAAUGUGGCUGCCUGCAAGAUAAACCUUUAAUUAUGACAGGCUGUAGAAGCAGAGGUAAUUUUGUAUGCAGUCAAUAUUGUAAACUGGACUUCUGAUGCAAAUACAAGCAUUCUUGCAGCACAAAUUAAUUAUAAAUAAAAUGAGAAUGAAAUAA